AUGCGAGAGACUUGUCGACACGACCCGAAGGCGAGGCGUGAGGAUAUCUCUCUCUCUCUCUCUCUCUCACCCUGUCUUUAUCUAUGUCCCGCCAUCGCCGAGGCCGAUGAGGAUCUCUCUCUCUCCUUCAGUCUCUGUCUUGCACGCGAGAGACGCCUCAACGUGACCCGUGGUCUUAAAAUACUGCAGCCGGGCGCACGAGUUGGAGGCGUGAGGCUCCCCCCCUAUCCCUUUCUCUCCUUUUCCCUUUCCCUCUCUCUCUCGCACGCGAGGCACCCGUCGCCAAGACGCUUACGUCAACAAAUAAGAAUGAAAAAGGAAGCGGCGAUAAUGGCAAAGGAGAUAGAGAAGAGACAAAAGGAGUACAUUGAGAAGCAGAAGAUGAAAUUGAAAACUGACAGUGAUAGGACAACACCGCUGAAGAGCAACGGGCAGUUCCCACCUCUGGAGCCAGUGUACAUGUCGGACGGCUUCCAGUACCUGAACUCCGACUCGGAGGAGGAGGAGUCCGCACUGCCAGUUCCCGCCUGGUCUACCUUCAAGGGGCGGCGGCUCGCGCUGACGGCGCAGGCGCGGUGCGGCAGCGCGCUGGUGGACCGGCUGUUCUCGGUGCGCGCGCACUGCCCCGACCUGCGCGAGAUCUUCCCGGGCAUCGAGCGCGCGCGCCUCAAGCGCACCUCCUCCGCCGUCUGGCGCACGCCGCCGCGCCCCGACGCCAGUUUCAGAUACAAGCCA